CAUGUUACCAUUUUCGAAAAGAAGGACAGAAUAGGCGGUAUUUGGGCCAUUGACCGGAUGUCGCCACAUGAAGGCUAUCUACACCCGGACACCCCUACGAAUCUCUCGCGAUUCACUGUUGCGUUCUCAGACCUGGAUUGGAAUGCCAUUGGUCUUGACUCAGUGCCUAUGUUUCCCAAGGCCUGGCAGGUCAAUCAGUAUCUCGAGGCAUAUCGGACGAAGAAUAUUCCUAGCGACUGUUUCCGUUUUCGCCAUCAUAUCACAAAGACGGAGAAGACAGCAACAAGCUGGCGAGUGACUGCCCUUGACGGAGAAGGCCGUGAACACGUCCAGGAUUUCAAUUAUCUGCUCAUCGGCUCAGGCUUCUUCUCUCAGCCUCGACCUAUCAAGGACAACGUGCCAAAUGUCGCGACAGCCUUGAAGGUGAAGACCAUGCACAGCUCCGAGUUUCGGACGCUUGACGAUCUCUUCGCGAAUCGUUCCGAUGUUGCUGACCAGAAGAUCUUGAUGAUAGGCGGGGGUAAUUCUGCUGGCGAGGCCGCUGCUGCAGUGGCUCAGCAAUUGUCCGAUGCAUCGUGGUCACCAGGAAAGGGCAGGAAAGAACAGUACAAAUCUUGCAAGAUCGUACACAUCACACCCCGGCCACUUUAUGCCCUGCCACCAUAUAAUCCCACUGACACAUCGAACGUCUCGUUGUUGCCGCUAGAUCUGAAGCUGUACGAACUGUCUAAGCGUCCUCCUGGUCCCAUUGUCGCCAACGCAGGUCAGUUAACACAAGCUGUGAAAGACAUGAUUCACAACGCUCUGCAGGCACAGAUUGGCGGCGACCAGUCAGAUUUGGGUUCCUCAGCUCUUGUGAUACCGCCCUCAGAACCACGUUCUGCAGUGUACGUGGCGCUAUCGGAGACGUACCCAGAAUUUGUGAGGAGCGGAUUGAUCGAGGUCCACUCCGGGAGAGUUGUUGAGAUAUCGAACGCAGAAGACGGGACGUGCGUGACCCAAGUACAAGGCGCAGAUGGAACUUUCACGAUAGAGAAUGUGGGUGCGGUGAUAUAUGCAACAGGUUACUCGCCCAUCACAGCCAUCGACUUUCUUCCUCUGGAUGUUUCGGAAAAGCUGCAAAUCUGCCCCAGCAGCAUGAGGCUUCCACUAAUUCUGUCGGGUUGGCAAACCAUGUCAGAAGCUAUGCCAGAGAUGGCGUUCAUCGGGUUUUAUGAAGGACCCUACUGGCCCAUGAUCGAAAUGCAGGCGCGCUUCACUGCACAGCGUUGGCUUGCCGAACAACACGACUGCCCCGUACCUCGGUAUGAGGAGCCUGCGGCGUUGCUGAAACUGAGGGAAGCGAUGCGCAAUCGCAGCCAAUUCGUGCCGCAAUACUGGUUCGGAGACUAUCUCGGUUACGUCGAAGAGCUUGCUGCACAUCUCCAAUUGGCAAGGAACGACGGCGCAUUUGCUGAACGUGAGGGACCAAUAUCACCUGCAAGGUACUUGUCAGCGGGUGAUGAUGAAGCCCAAGCAAAAGCGAUUGUACAAGACCUUCACUACACAUGGCUCUCUUGCACAACGCAUGGCAAAUAUGUGGCUCGCGCUACCUUUCGAGCUCUGCAGGGCAAAUGGCGACUCAAUCGCAAUAUCGACAGCAGACUGUCGAGCUUUCCUUCGGGCGUAUUGGAAGGCGAGGCUUCUUUCCAUCCUCGAUCACCAACCCCAGACAAAAGUGGCGAGGCAUUCGACCUCGAGUAUCUCUACCAAGAGACUGGGGUGCUCCGGCUCCAGAUUGGUGCAGCCAUGACAGCGAGACGAAGCUAUGUAUACCGAUACUCCGAAGCGAAGGAUCAGCUUAGCAUCUGGUUCGUGAAACCAGAGAGCGACCUGGAGGUGGAUUAUCUGUUCCACAAUCUGCAGUUCGCAUAUCCGAGUGAGGCUAAAGCUCAAGGUGCCUGCUCGGCGAGCGCGGAUCAUCUCUGUGUUGAAGACAUGUACUGGACGAAGUACAGCUUUCCUUUCAGUGGUAUCUCGUUGCGCUCUUUCACCACCACCCACACAGUCAAGGGUCCGAGCAAAGACUAUACGAUGGUGACUCAAUUUAGCAGACCGACUCCCGCGACUGUGUCCAUAUAACAUAGAACUGGAAGGUCGACAAUCCUCAAUCGAGCAGCUCGAGGCUAGUAAAAGGAAAGGAAUCCAGUGUCAGCCACAGAUUCGGAUCGAGGGCGAAAUCGCUGCUGUAUGUAUCCAGCGACGCAACAGGCAUCGUAGCCUCGACCGACUGCAGUACUCGGUCCACAUCGGCAAGGCUG